UUAAUGGCUUCCUUAUAAUUAAGCCUUAGAGGUCAAAGUUCCUCUUGAGACAAUCAAAACAACAUGGCUAUGAGAAGAAGUAUACCUUUGCUCUCCAGGAUAUGCUCGGCUUCAGCAGGGAGGCAGCUAAACAAGCACUCAGUAAAUAUAGCCAGAUGCUUUGCUACUCAGCCGAGUACGGAUGUGGCGGCGGAACAAGCUCAGCGUGAGUUAGAACCACUCAAGCUGCCCGGGAAACUUGGACUAUUCACUGGAAAUGUUCUUUAUCCAGAUGAUAAUUCAGCCGUUUGGGAUGUGAAUGAGCCUGUUCCCGGCAAAACAGUCAGUAACCUCACUAUGAACUUUGGACCCCAGCAUCCAGCUGCUCAUGGAGUGCUCAGACUUAUAAUGGAAUUGAAUGGAGAGACUGUUACAAGGUCUGACCCUCACAUUGGUUUACUUCACCGAGGAACUGAAAAACUUAUUGAAUACAAGACUUACAUGCAAGCUUUGCCCUACUUUGACCGCCUGGACUAUGUCUCGAUGAUGUGCAACGAGCAAGCUUUUUCAUUGGCCAUUGAGAAACUUGUGGGGAUAGAUAUUCCCCUCAGGGCCAAGUACAUUCGCACCAUGUUUGCAGAGAUUACAAGAAUCCUGAACCAUUGUCUGGCAGUGGCCUGUCAGAUCAUGGACGUGGGUGCCACGACGCCAUUCCUCUGGUGGUUCGAGGAGAGGGAGAAGAUGAUGGAGUUUUAUGAGAGAGUGUCAGGUGCCCGUCUGCAUGCAGCGUACGUGAGACCAGGUGGUGUUGCGCAAGACCUCCCCAUUGGACUGAUGGACGACAUCUAUGACUUUCUCAAGAACUUUGCAGUCAGGAUUGAUGAAGUGGAAGAGCUGGUUACUGGUAAUCGUAUCUGGAAGCAACGAACAGUUGAUAUUGGAGUGGUGACUGUACAAGAGGCUUUGGACUGGGGGUUCACAGGGGUCAUGCUCCGAGGGUCAGGGGUCAAAUGGGAUCUGAGAAAAGUGCAGCCAUAUGAUGCCUAUGAUAGAGUGGACUUUGAUGUGCCCAUUGGCCGGUUUGGAGACUGCUUUGACAGAUACCUUUGUCGUGUGGAGGAAAUGAGACAGAGUAUGCGGAUUGUUCACCAGUGUCUCAAUGAUAUGCCUGAGGGAGAGAUCAAGGUGGACGAUGCUAAGAUAGCCCCACCCAGUAGGGCAGAGAUGAAGGACUCCAUGGAGGCUCUGAUCCACCACUUCAAACUGUAUACUGAAGGGUUCCAUGUUCCCCCUGGAUCCACUUACACUGCCAUAGAGGCCCCCAAGGGAGAGUUUGGGGUGUAUCUGGUUUCUGAUGGCACCUCCAAGCCUUACCGCUGCAAGAUAAGGGCACCUGGAUUCUUUCACCUUGCUGGCCUGGACUUUAUGAGUAAGGGUCACAUGCUGGCAGACCUUGUAGCCAUCAUUGGUUCACAAGACAUUGUAUUUGGAGAAGUGGAUCGAUAGAAGCAACAUUUAUAUAUAUAUAUAUAUACACAACCAUAUUGUAGCUCUGUCAGAUUGUAAUGUAUUAACUGUCAUUUGUGCCGUUGAUAUUCUGUGAAAAACAUUCUCUAAUUUAUUGUCAA